GUAUACGGAACUACAAAGAUUACGUUAAAAUUACGCAAUUUUGACGUAUAUCUUGACACUAUUGAAUGUGACAUAUAACCAAUAAGUGACUAUAUGACUUAAAACAAUCUAAAAAAAGAAACGAAGUUAUAUACAAUGGAUGAAAACGAACAAACGUCGCAAACAUUACACGUGGCUGAAGAAAAUACUAAUAUAUUAAAUGAAACUAUUUUCCAUGCUGUAUAUAUACCUGGAGAAAACAUUGAUUCUUCAAUACAAAGAAAUAGUACAGAAUAUAUUCGAGUUUAUCAAGACAAGACAGAAGCUUUAAAAGUAAUUAAAGAAUUUAGAACUGGUCGUCUAAAAUCAUUUAAAAAGCGAUUAGAAGCUGAAGAAUAUGCUAAGACUGGUUUUGAAGAAGCUAAUUAUAUAAAUAAUAUGUCAAUAAAUACAACAGUACCUGCAGUAGAAGAAAAAUCAAAUAAUUUUAAAGUUCUACGAUCUCAAGAGCUUGUAUGUUUUAGAAAAUUAAUUAAAGAUGGAGAUUUAUAUACAGUAAAAACUACAGUAUUGGGAAAUCCUCGAUAUUUAAUUGGUAGUGGAGAUACACCUACAAUUUUGCAAGAAGGAUGCCGUUAUAAUGCAUUACAUAUUGCAGUUAGAGCAGACAGACCAGAUAUGUGUGAGUUAAUAUUAAACACUGUUGGAAACACAGACUUUAUAAAACUGCUUUAUGGUGAUGAAUGUAAAAGUUAUGUGGAUCGGGCACAGAUCAUGUUAGAUUUGUAUUUAAAUACACCUGAUAAAGGAUUGAAUGAGACUCCAUUACACUUUGCAGUUAAAUUUGGUUUAAAAGAUGUAGUUCGAGUUCUUGUUUCAUAUCCAUGUUGUAUAAAAACAUUACCAAAUAAGUAUAAACAACUACCAAUAGAUAUAAUUUGUAGUAGGUCAAGUCAGAAAGAUGAAGAAUUAAAAAAAGAAAUACAUUUACUGUUAGAAGAUCAGUAUUAUGUACCUGUGUUAAGAUCAGAUGAUAAGUCAUUACAACCUGUGAUUGGGGAACCCUUUUCUCCUACUAGUCCUUUGAGUUUAAAUACAGAUCCAAUAAGUCCACGUUUGGAAAUACGUGCAUUUGCUGGUCCAAUGACGAAAUCUCGUGCAUUAGAAUUUAGAAAAAAGUGGAAAACGCCUCCACGUCUACGUAUGACACCAAUUAAAAAUGCAACUGAAAGUGAAUUUACAGAUAGUUCUAGUGAUAAUUUAGCUUUAAGAUUACAAGAUGUAGAAAAAGGACUGGAACGAAUUGGAAGAAAUUUGGCAGAAGAAUGGCAGGUAUCAUGGAAAGAAUAUUGGCCAUUUUUAAACGAUUUUGCAGAUUUUCAUACUACAGAAGGUUUAACAAAACUUGAAAAGUAUUUAGAGUCUAAAUUUCAGGAACAAUUUGUUCAUUAUAAUCAGACAUCAAAUGAUAACAUGAUUAAUUUAAAUGAACAUUCAAAAACCAAAUUGUUGGUCGAUUCAAUAGAUUAUUUAUGUUCUAAAUUACAAUCAUGGUCAUUGCUUACACCAAAUAAUCAAGAUGAAAAUAAUGUAGAUGAACUAGAAUUUUUUACACCACCAUCAUCACCAAAAUUAGCAGUAGAUAGUUCUGAUGAUGAAAUGCAAAAUGCAGAAGAAGGUCUUGUAAUAUUUCUAGAAGGGUUUGUACCAACACAAUUAGAUUAUGCUGUUUAUAAUGCAGUAUCAACAUCACUUAAUCCCAUUACAUAUCCAAACAUUUAUCGCUGGCAACAUGACAUGCAACUUGCUAUGAAACGUGAUUUACAUAGAACAAAUAAUACAAGACCAAUUAGAAGAAAAUUGAUUAUGAAUUUUUAGAUAUGUGAAGUAUAAAAGAGUUAAACAAUGUAUGAAAUUAAAACUAUAAAAUUUUUUUUAU